AUGAACAGACAACUUCUCUCACUACUGGCUCUCUUCGCCGUUGCAAACAUGGCGUUCGGCAUCGUCUGCUUGCCCAACAUGUGUGAUAACGUGAGAUGUAUGGAGUAUACAGAAGAGAACUGUGAGUACACGGUUGUGCCCAAUGGCGGGUUCUGUGGAUGCUGCAGUGCUUGCGUGCAUCUACUUAAGGUUGGAGAAAGCUGUCCCACACUUCGCUUGAGUGGCGGUCCCCCACCAACGGUCAAAUGUGAGGACGGGUUAGUCUGCAACGACCAAACCGCCAAGUGUGAAACUGCUGCCUAA